ACAAAACGCAAAAAAAUGAGUCGUCGGGCAAAUUUGAUUGGGGUUUGUGGCGUAAGUUGCUUAUGCAUACUGCUACUAGUAGCCACCACACAGCACAGGCCACUGCCAUCCUCACUUUCUUCGUCGUCAAUGGGUUCAGUGAGUAACGUAGAUAAUAAUGGAAAUAAUCUUUUAAAUGUACCUUCUGGAGGUGUAUAUACCACUGGAAAUGGCAAUGGGCAAUUGUAUAGCAGCCUAUCAACAAUAGGAGAAGUCGUUGCCCAGCAAAGAGCAAAGAUUGCACAAGAAAUGGAAAACUUUGAAUAUCCUGCUGGUCGUUUCGGUGUGGAUGCAGAAAAAUUGUCUGACCUUACACCAGAAACUGAAGGAGUUCCUGUGCGCAGUAUGGUGCUCACUACAUGGCGAAGUGGUUCUACAUUUUUGGGAGACAUUCUGAAUGCAAUGCCUGGAAACUACUAUCACUACGAACCACUGUUACAUAUUGGCAUUAAACAAGUGCGUACCCCCGAAGAGGAGGAGCAAGCCAUAAAACAUCUGAAAAGCUUGUUCUACUGCGAUUAUUACAAUGACAUGGAAGAUUAUUUGAAUUACGGAAAGAAAAACGUACAUUUAUUUCAACAUAACAAAAGACUGUGGCAGUUAUGCAAAGAGUAUCCCCACUACUGCUGGCGGCCCAAAUUUCUUACACCCAUAUGUAAACUAUUUCCCUUACAAAGUAUGAAAACAGUGAGACUACGAUUAAGUACUGCCGAAAAGUUGUUAGAAGAUAAAAGAAAGAAUUCAAUGAUCGUUUUCAUUAGUUAA